GCACGCACACGCACUCAGAGGACGUAAAGCAAUUUGUCAGCUUUGCAACUUGCUGUUAGGCCUCAGAAGCUUAAUUUCUGAAAAUCAACGAUGAAAGCGGGGAGUGGAACAUUAUUACAGUAAUCGCAGUCUUGGAAAAGUAGAAUAUACAUUUACGGAAAGAUGAUAAUAGAGAAUGUAGAAGCUUUGAAGUCUUGGUUGGCGAAACUAUUAGAGCCUAUAUGUGAAGCUGAUCCUUCAGCUUUAGCUAAUUAUGUUGUCGCUUUGGUGAAGAAGGACAAGCCUGAAAAGGAUCUCAAGGCACUCUGUGCUGAUCAGUUGGAUGUCUUUCUACAGAAAGAAACAACUGGAUUUGUGGACAAGCUUUUUGAAUGUUUAACCACAAAACAUUAUUUAGGAAAUCAAGAUCAGUAUGUAAAAGAAACGGCAAAGGAAGAAGUAAAAGCAGUGGAUGUGAAAAUGGAACAUAAUCGAGAUGAGCCUGUUUCUAAUUUUGAAGAGGAGCGUGACACAAGAAGGAAAAAAAGUCCUUUGAGAAACCGCCCUGACUUUAAUGAACUACGCAAUCGUGAAGAUAAAAGAAGAGAUGAACGGAAACGCAGAGAAGGUGACAGGCCACAUAAGAAUGCCGACAUUUACAGAGAGAGGUAUGAUCGACGCAGAGGUUCCAGCAGGAGUAGAAGUCGGAGCCGCAGUGGCAGCCGAGGGAAGACACUGGACAAAGAUCAUAACCGCAUCAAAGAUCACAGAUUAAAGUUUGAGAUGGAUCGAAGAGAACCGGAGGGAUAUGUCCCUUCAUCUGUGCCAACUUGCAUCCCUGUACAGCAUCAGUAUUCCUCUGGAGGUCAUGCCAUCCCUAGUGCAGUUACAGUUGUAGCACCUGCUCAUCUCCCUGACAGUACCACUGAGAGCUGGUCUAAUUACUUCUCCAAUCACAGUGACUCAAAACCAUUUCACAGAAACAUCCCCCAGAAGCGCCGCUGUAGAGACUAUGAUGAAAAAGGGUUUUGUGUACGAGGUGACCUGUGUCUUUACGACCAUGGUAAUGAUCCUUUGAUAGUGGAUGAUGUCACAUUGCCAACCAUGAUUCCUUUCCCACCUCCACCUGGCAUUCCACCUCCACGUCUUCCAGUUCCCCCUAUGCCAGUACCACCACCAAACCUAAGGCUACCACUUCCACAUCCUCCUCCUCCUCCUCCUCCUCCUCCUCCUCCUCAUGGGCAGCCUCCGCCUCCAGGGAUGUUCCCAAUGCCAGAUAACUAUGAUCCAGAAGCGUAUAACCCUGAAGCUCCAGGGAUUACAGCUACCAGCAGACCACCUUAUCGACAGUUUAUUCCCAGAAUACAGACCCAGCGAUCCAAUCUAAUUGGACUGACAUCUAGUGAUAUGGAUACACCAGGUUCAAGAGCUGCUAAUAUUGUUAUCCAGACUGAACCAAAUGCUUCUUCUGUGACAAAUAAUAAUUUACCAAGAUACAAUUCUGACCAAGACAGUAAUAGGAAGCGAGCUCUAUCCAGUGGUGAUGGUCCGCCUUCAAAGAAACCUUGGAUAGAAAAACAAAAUUUUAACAACCAGCAUAAGCCGGGAUUUCAGAAAAAAAAUCAUUAUGCCAACACCAGACUGGAGGUUCGCAAAAUUCCCAGGGAUCUGAACAACAUUGCUAAACUGAAUGAGCACUUUAGCAAGUUUGGCACUAUUGUUAAUAUUCAGGUUGUUUUUGGUGGGGACCCAGAAGCUGCGAUGAUCCAAUACACGACAAAUGAAGAAGCCAGAAGGGCAAUCUCUAGUACAGAAGCCGUGUUAAACAACAGAUUUAUUCGAGUAUAUUGGCAUAGAGACAAUAAUGAACAGUCGCAACAAACGCAGCAAAAUCAAACCCAGGUUUCACCUGUUAUACCUCAACAUACAAAUGUACACAAGGUAGUAAACAAGCCACACAAUCCUGGGUCAUAUAUCCUAAAUAAAGUGUCAGCAAAACAUCGCAUUGGGGCUGCAGUGUUAAAUAAAGCAGAGGCAUUACGUACUACAGAUGCUGUGGAGGUUGUUAAUUCUGCUCCAAGUCCACUAAAAGCACCUUUCACUUCUGCUUCAGUAAAAGUAAUCCCAAAACCAAUAGUAAAAUCUUCUUCUAAAGUGCUUGAAGUCCAGGAUGCCCUAAAGAAGAAACAGCAGGAUACUAUUAAACUUCAGCAAGAUAUGAGGAAAAAACAACAAGAAAUGCUGGAAAAACAAAUAGAAUGCCAGAAGGUACUAAUUAACAGACUUGAGAAAAAUAAAAAUAUGAAACCGGAGGAGAGGGCAAAUAUAAUGAAAACACUUAAGGAGCUUACAAACAAGAUUUCACAACUUAAGGAUGAAUUAAAACCCAUAUCAAAUGCUCCAGGAAAGUCCAUUCAGCCAAAAACAAAGAUUGAUGCUCAAAAGGAGUUACUUGAUGCCGAACUGGAUUUUCAUAAGAAGCUAAGUUCUGGAGAAGAUACAACAGACUUGAAAAGGAAGCUUAAUCAGCUUCAGAUUGAGGCUGCCAGAUUAGGUCUUAUUCCUGGUGGGAGAGGAAAGAUUGCCCAAGGCAGAGGGAGAGGAAGAGGCCGUGGUCGAAGUAGCCGAGGCAGAGGUGUUGCAAACCACAUGGUUGUGGAUCAUCGGCCUCGAGCUUUGGCAGUGUUGGGUGUCACAAAAGAAGAAAAAGAUGAGUUAAUGCCACACUUUACUAAAUUUGGAGAGGUUGAAGAUCUCCAUGAUCAUGACCCUACAGGCAUGGUGGUGACAUUUAGGACCAGAAGUGAAGCAGAGAAUGCUGCAAACCAAGGAGCAAAAUUCAAAGGACGUACCCUGCAAAUAUCAUGGUAUAAGCCCAAGACUCCAUCAGUUUCCACUGAACCAGAAGAGGAGGAGACAAAAGAGGAGGACACAGAACGAGCACUUUUGUUGCCUGAAGAGGAAGAAGAGGAUGAUGAAGACGAAGAUGAAGAAAAAUCUCGUUCAUGGAGAAGAUGAGAAGAAACCUCAUUCGUUUUUUGUGACUUUUUUUAUUGAUAUUUUAGUAAAAUGUAGUAUUUAAUGCUAUAGAAAUCAUGUUUUUUUCUUUAAAUGCCAGGUCUUUUAAGAUCUGAGAAUUUGUGCCCUAAAGGGUGCGUAUUUUUUGUCUUUUUUUUAAAGAUUUAUAUUUAAAAUGUUAAAUAAUAUUGCAGUCAACACAUGCAGCUGAUCCAUCUUUUAUUUGUGACCCUGGUAAAUGUUUUGAUGGGUUUAGAUUUGAAUCUGCUAGUUAUUGUUAGGAGUAAUAGGAAAAUUCCUAGACUGUCUGUCUGAAAAAUUAUCUGACUGUGUCUAAGAUUACUGCUGCUUCCCCAGAUCUAAAAACUCCCCUCACUUUAACAGCCAACUCAGCACUAUAAUGCUGCAUCAAAAUUAACACAUUCUGAAUACAGUGUAUUCAGAUAACUUUCAAUAUUUCCCCACAAGAUCACUUCAUUUUACCAUUGUUAGUUUCUAACAAGAAUUAGUUUAUGGAGGAAAAAUGAAGGCCUCCGACAUUUGGUGGGACACAGGUUGAGUCUGUAGCCUUGUACAAGUUAAAAAAAAAAAAUAAUAAUAGAGAUUAUUUCAAAUUAAAUUAUUUUUAUUCUGUGUUCUGUAUUAUGAAAACUGUGAAGGAUUCUGUAGUCUGUUAUUUUUGAGGUAUACAAAGCAAAGCAAAAUGGUUAAGAUGCUUUAAAUAAUUAAUCUCAAUUCUGUUCAUAUGAAACUCUAAUUUAACAAUCCAGCAUAUGUUCAGAAUAACAUAUCAUUUUAAUGUAUGCCGUUGAUGGCUAAUUUCUGUAUGUUUCUUUUAAGGGAAGACCAUAUGUUUCUCUUCUAGACAUUUAAUUAUUUUGUGAGGCUUUCUGCUUUACUUUUUGUAAGUGUAUUGGUGGGAAACUUUCUGCCCUUUUGAAAGAAAAGAUUGGCAAAUUUUUAUUUACCAAAAUACUGCACAACAGAUCUAGUUUAAGGAACUAUAUUGUAUAACCACAGCCCUUAAUUCUAACAUCAACAAAGGCAGGUUACUAAAAUAACUGGUUCAACUGCAAUAAACAACAAAAAUAAGUGUCUUUCAUAUGUAGAUAUUUUUUAGAUUUUAUUGCACUUCUAAAGUUUAGAUAUAUCUCCCUGCACAGUUUAUGUGAAUAUUUCUCUUCUCCUCCUUCAUUGUCACUUUAUGUACAGAAUCUGUUAAUAUGUGCAAGGCUAUAGGUGGUUGUGAUAGAUAUAUAUAUAUUCACACA